GGAAGUUUCAUGCGACAUCGCAUCAGCUAACCAACAAAUUAACAAAUGCAGCUUACAGGUUGCUGAUAUCAAUGCAUUAGAAUCUGACGAAUUGUAUAACUGCCGCUCAAUAGCCGUAGUUAUUAUGAGGCUCUUAGUAACGUUGGCCACACUAAGAAACAAGGAUUCCAGCUGGAAUAUUGGGGAGCCAGGAACAGUCCUACUUCAAUGUGUAUUUCUUUGCUUCCUCAUUACGCUCGGUUCCCGGUUGAUCGAAUAUUUCCUUUUCGAGUGUAGUACUAAGGCAUUAAUAUCCCGCAAGCCAUAGCCUUACGACAGAUAAUAUGGAUUGGACGAAUGGAGAAGCAUGCUUUAACGAUAACGACUUUGGUAAUUUCAAGUAUAAGCCAAGCCAAUUCAAGAUCGUCAGGAAACUACAAUCAGACCAGGGACUAGUAUGCUGGAACAUUGAAUCCGCUGAAGACUUGAAGGAAUGGAUCGAACAGAAUCAGAUGUUAAUUCCUUGUGCCUAUGAGUAUGGAACGUUCGCCAUCAUCUUUAGUCGUUGCAGCGACUCAAAUCACUCGUUUCCAUCAUACCUCCCAGUCUCCAGGUAUGGGUUCAGUCAACUCACCAAAAUAUUUCACAUCCACCGCUCGAUAGUUAGAGCCAUUCGCCGGGAAAUUACGUAUUUUUCCCGUACGCAUCUUCACAAAGGGAAGACUGGAGGCAACAGAAUAGUAUAUACCGCGAGAAUGAGUUCGGCAUGGCCAGAUGAUAUUGCUCUAUCCUCGACAUAUUUAAGCCACAAGAAGCUUAACCUAUCAGUCUUCUAUGGGUGCAAUGAUGAGCAGUCGUCUGAUAUUGAGAGGCGUCUAGGAGAAGCUGGCGACGCUAUAUAUCACCCAAUGCUGACUCCUGGUAUACUCAUUGAACUCGACCGCAACCGUCUUGUGGAGCAAGUGGAGUCAGUUCUUGAUCCAUUCGUGGCGAGCAUAGAGGCACUCUGCUGUACUUCUAGGGAUCUUGAAAGUAUUUUAAAUAAAGACGGGGAAAGUACCGAUGAGCUACUAAGCCUAUACAGCGACACUAGCGAAUUGGCAAAGGGAAUUCGAAAGGUAAAACGGCAAAUAUCAGACAUGUGCAAGCACACCCAUGAGCUUGAGGCCAUAUUUGCGAUUACAAGAAGAAAGUGGAAAUCCCGUAGAAAACCAGACCUCGGGAAGAAAGACAGAGUUCAACUUGAUGGAUCUUUGAUGUCUUCAGAUAUUGAGACCCGGAUUCGCGAACGCUUAUUGGAGAUCAAGUCUGAGUAUGAUGAGAAGCUUGACGAAUGCCAGAUGGUUCUCGAUGGGUUGAACUUCACGACGCAGAUGGCAUCAGGCCAUGUCGCAAGACAUCAAACCUUUGCUAACACCCGCAUAUCUAUCGAAACGAAGCGUGAUAACGCACAGAUGCGUUCAAUUGCUCUAAUGACUAUGAUAUAUCUUCCAUUGACGUCGGUUGCUUCUAUUUUCUCCAUGGGCGUCUUCAACUGGGGGGCUGCCGAGGGACAGUCCGUACUGACGUUUUACUUUUGGGUAUACAUAGCUAUUGGAGGUGGCCUUACUAUCUUAACACUUGGGUUAUGGUGGUGGCUAACUCGGGGUGGUUCACAUACGAAGGAACAUCAUGAAGCAACUGAGGUGGCGAAAAUAGCUUGAACAUUCCUUAUUCGAGUUGUGAAAGGUGUAAUUCAGAUCGUGUCUCCAUGACUGCCUACUUACUUAGGUGCUUAAGGUGGUCUAACAUUGGGUAACCCUCGUUGCAAUCAGGUACUAAGGAUCGUGGGCUUGGAUAGGGGGCGGGGCUUGGAUCCAUUCUACGUUAAUCCGUGCGUGGCACGAGUAUCUACGAUAAUCAGUUCAAUUCAAUAUGGCC